AUGGGAGCAUAAUGCUGCAACAAUUAGUCGUAUUAAGAGGAUGUAGAACCAUGUGAUGAUACAGAAUUGAAUCAUUUGGAUGCUCGCUAAAUAAUUAUUAAAUAUAAUUAUAAAAAAAAGUAGAGAGAGAUGAAUUCAAGUCAAACCACUAAGACUCAAGAGAGAACCAAACUAUUAGCAGUGACUUUGAAAAGUGGAGGGGAGUAUUUGGGAGAUUGGGUUGGCAAUAAAAGAGAAGGAUAUGGUAUAUUGAAAUGGCCAGAUGGUUCAGAAUAUGAAGGAGAAUGGAAGAAUAAUAGAGCUCAUGGGUAAGGAAAGUUCAUCUAUCCUGACGGAGACUAUUAUGAAGGACAAUGGGAAAACGAUAAAUAAAAUGGUCGAGGGAUAUUCCAAUCGACAAGCGGAUGCAAAUUUGAAGGACAGUGGAAGGAUGAUUUGUAAUAAGGAUUUGGGAUAGAGACUUGGGAAGACGGGAGCAAAUAUGAGGGAUACUUUUAUGAAGGAAUAAAAUAGGGAUAGGGAACCUAUGUUUGGAAUGAUGGUUCAACAUAUACAGGAUUAUGGAUUAAUAAUAAGCGACAUGGACAAGGAUGUCAAGUGUGGAAGAAUGGAAAGGAAUAUCAAGGGGAGUGGUUUGAGGACUUUAUGUGUGGUUAAGGUCAAAUUAAAUGGCCUACUGGUUACACUUAUGUUGGAUUGUUCAAUAAAGACGUUCCUAAUGGUUAUGGUAUUUUCAAAUGGCCAAAUGGCAAGACUUAUGAAGGUAGUUUUAAACAGUCGAAGCCAAAUGGGAAGGGCAAAGUUAUCUUGAGUAAUGGGUAGACUAGGUUUGGAGAGUGGCAUGAAGGAUAGUUGAUUAAAUGGUUUGAUAACACUUAGGAUGAUUAGAAAGAAAACUUUAAUGUACUCAAUCUAGAAGAUUUAUGA